AUGGCUGAGGAUAUUGCUGAGAUUUUGCAAAGCUUCACAUUAUCGAGCAAGGAGUUGCAGAUAACAGAUGUGGGGAGAGAGGAGCUGUCCUCAGGUUUAAAGGAAUGCCAAAGCAGCUUGAUAGGGAAGAUUGUGGGUGAGAAGGUAGCUAACUAUACGGGAGUUAAGAAUUUUGUUACCACAGCUUGGGGGUACCCAAAGGAUUUGACUGUGGUGGAGCUCGGGCCGAACCUGUUCCAAUUCAUUCUGUCUAAGGAAAAUGAUAGGGAUAGAAUAGCUAAGGGAGGUCCUUGGAUUUUGGAUAAUCAAUUAAUGGUGAUCAACAGGUGGUACGAAGGAAUAGAGGAUGAUGAAAAAGCCUUUAAACUUGCUCCACUCUGGGUGCAAGUCUGGAACCUCCCAGUUCACUGGAUUUCAAAGGACGUUGGCAAAAAGAUAGGAUCCGUUUUUAAUCAAGUUAGGGAUGUCAUUAUACCACAAAUAGGGGGAAAAGAAGGAAGGCACCUGAAGAUACCUGUUCUGGUGGAUAUUGAACAACCUCUUCUGAGAGGGACAAUAAUUAAGGUGGCAGGAGGAGUUAAAUGGGUACACUUUAAGUAUGAGAGAUGUCCGGAUUUUUGCUAUAGCUGUGGGAGAAUAGGACACAGCGAGAGAUCAUGUGGAACGUCUUUGAGUGGGAAUGAAGGGAAAAAAGAUAACCAAUAUGGAAAUUGGAUGAGGGCAGGGAAUGCAAAUGGGAAGAUGUCUCCCCAGAAAAAACAAACAGGAGUAAUUUUUAACCCCCAAAGACGUCACUGGAGUUACCAGAAUGGGGAUUGGGUAGAGAAGGAGAGGGGGGAGACUGCGGGCAGUGAUGUUUCCGGAGGUUUGGAUGAGACACCAAUUGCAGUAAUGUAG